AUGGAGGCCACAGAAGAACUCACGGAGUUCAAAAAGUACCUGCAGGACGGCUUAGAGGCGCUUGGUCUCGACACAGAGGUAUUCGUUGAAUACACCCUUGGGGUGCUGGAGGCUUCUGCUAGCCCGAAUUCAGCAGCAAAAGCAGCAGCAGAUGCGCAGCAGCAGCAGAAGCAGCAAAUACAGCAGGAGCUGCUGGAAACCCUCAGUCUCUCUUUAGAAGAUAGCGCGCUGCAGCAGCAGCUGCAGGACUUUUGCUGCUCCUGCGCCGCGAGAUGGGUGGAAGUGGUGCUCCCCGCAGCAGCGCAGCAGAAGCAGCAGCAGCGGCAGCAAAAUCUAGAAGCAGUCUUUUCCAGCAGCACAACAGCAGCAGCAGAAGUUGACGAGCAGCCAGAGGAUGAGGCAGCCAGACGGAUACGGGAGCGUGUGGUGCAGCAGUAUGGAUUUGAGUUCGAUGAAAUGGUUGAGUGCGACGAAGAGGGGAAGCUGCAGCUCGACAGCAGCAGCAGCAGCAGCAGCAGCAGCAGCAAGAAGCAAGGUGACGACCCUGGGAUCUGGUGCAACGACAACAGGGCCAGAGUGCAGCAAGCAGCUCAGGCGGCUCGGGCAAAGGCCAAAGCAGACCACGAGAUGGAGGUGCAGCGCAACAAGCACCAGCAGCUGCUGCAGCAGCAGCGGAUGGAGAAGGAGAAGCAACGGGUAGCUCGCAAGGAAAGAAAAGCAGGCAGAUAG